AUGAUGAGCCCAACCGACGAUGAUUUCAAAAUCAAGGUGAUCCAACACACUCCGAGCAAAGGUAAAAUUGAACAUGUCAUGGAUGAAUAUGCUGUGAGUGAGGAGCAUACGAUCAACAAGGUUCGGGAAGAGAGAAAGACCUUCUUCAUGCAAAUUUCAGUCUCAACUCUGGUGGUCACGGCAUCUUUUGUAAUGAGUAUCUUGUUUCUUGGACUUCAUGUUUGGCAACGAUGGAAUCAACGAAAUUCAAAAAAUAGCAAAGAGGAUGAAGAAGCAUAUUUCGCAGCAUCUGCAGGAUUUUUCGCAGUGUUUUGUGUUUGCAUCACUGUGUUCGUAUUUUCAGUAUUGUAUUGCUUGGCUAAAACCAUAUUGAUCGUUUUGCUGGCAGAGCAUGACCGAACAUUGCUUAAGAGAAAGAUGGUCAAGUAG